UGUCAAAUGCUGAACUUGUCAUUCUAAAAAUUAGUAACUCUCAGUCUGGGGUUUCUUUCAUCUUUACACGAGCAUCCUGUCAGGUCGUGCAGCUGGGGUUUUCCUUAAGCUCUUAAAAGUUAGAAAUGGAAAAUAACUGUUGAAAUAAGGUCACUGUUUAGCCUGAGAAAGUCUGAAAACAACCGACUCGGAGGAGCGACAGUCUUCAGCAGUCAGCUCCACUGGAUAACAUGGGAACCAAGUGAAAAUGUGAGUUUAUUUUAUUUUUCUAAUAAUCCCACAGAAAAAGUUAAAUCAGGAACAUGUCAGUUUACCAACCCAUGGUUUAAAUUCAUUUCGAUGAAUUGGGUUUGUGUUCUACUUGCCACACUUCAAAAACACAACAAAAAUCAAAGAUGGCACAUUGAGUCAGAAUCAAAGCUUUUCCUGUCAUAGCUUUUAGCUUAAACAUUUGCUGAGAGCAGCAUGUUCAAUGGGAUUGGGUGCUCAGCUCAGAUUCGCUGAAGGUAAGGUCUUUCUUUGCCGAGAACAUAAACAUGCAGCAGAAGUAGGCCACAGAGGCACUCAGAUGAAUGAUCAAAGUCUCUACUUUGCUGCAAUACCACCAAACUAGGUCAUUGGCCCCUUUAGGCUCAUUUGAACUUGCUUAAAUCGUUGUCAUCAGAUGCGUCUUGACAAAGCCGGUUGUUCAGGCAGACAGAGGUUUGGUGAAAGCAUCGGUGGAAUGUGUCUGGGUCCAAAAGGAGGGACAGUCGGAUGAUCUGAAACAAACUUGGAAUUGAAGCGAUGACACAGUCCGUCGCAACUUUUCCUCAUGUUGGCAAGACUGAUGUGUACCUGCACGACCAAGGAUGAAAUGCUGAGUUGUUUUCCAAUUCAGGAGAGAUGAGAUGACUCGCCUUGCAGCUUUUUGGGGAUGCAUCCUCUUUCUUACUUUUUCCAGCAAGCACUUCCUUCUUCUCUUUGCUGACGGUGUGAACUUUAUUGCCCAUGGAUACCUCACAGUGGAGCCAGCUCCACUCUUCCUCCUGGGGUCAAACCUGACAAUCUACUGCCACAUCCAUGAAUGUAAAUGGGGGUCCAAGAUGUCCCUGGAGCUCAGAAAAGAUACAGUUACUCUGUAUAAUUUGUCCCAAAGAAUCAACUGCACCACUGCAUUGUUCUCUGUGCCCUCGGUCCUGAUCCCACAAUCCUCUGCUGUCUGCAAGAUGAAGACGGAUCAAAAAUCCAAUUGGAUUGUAGUCAAUGGACUAGAUCUGCACGCUGGUCUCCCACCAGACAAACCUGCAAACAUCACCUGUGAAGCAACAAGGAGCUCAUCCAACGUAAGAUGUUCAUGGCAACGAGGGAGGGAAACACACCUGCCCAAAUCAUACAACAUUUCUCUCAGAGGAAAUGGGACCCAAAUAAGGGUCGACCAUAUCCAGGAUGCUGAAACAAUCCAAAUACAACGAACAAUGUUGGAUGAAAACACUAAAUACCAGCUGAGCGUUGAGGCUUAUAACCACUUUGGAGCAUCGCACUCUGACCCUUUCAUCCUCUGUGUGAGGGAUAUAGUGAUACCAGAGACCCCUGAUAUUGUAGCGAUAGAGUUUAGGAACAUUUCCAUAAAAGCCGUACUACGUUGGAAAACUGCUGAGUCAGAAGCACAUCUCAGACCCCACGUCAGGUUUUGUACAAACGUCAAGGACAUUUGGGUGGAGACAAAAGGAGAACUUAAAGAAAGCCUGGUAAUGGUAGACCACCUGAAGCCCCUGACCGAAUAUGAGUUCCAGAUGAGAGUGUGUGACUCAGCAUCUGAGCAUGAAAAUGCCAGCACACCCAGCUCUAACAUGAAACCACGCUGCAGCAGAUGGAGCUCCUCUGUUAAGAGGACGAGUCCUGGAAAAGGACCAUCCCAGCAGCUGCAGGUGUGGAGGAUCCUUGGAAACCGCGACAAAAACAGCUUGAGGAACGUUACUGUUUUGUGGAAGCCACCAAAUCCAGAGGAUUACAAUGGAGAAAUUCUACAUUACAAGGUCUUGAUGAAAAACUUCUAUGAGAAGAUAUGCACGGCUGCCUCCAACCUGUGUUCAGUUCUGGUGCCAAAGGAAGUUCAGGUCCUGAGCAUCAGUGCAGUAACCCCAUACGGGACCUCUCCACCUGCUGAAGUGGAAAUCAGACAGUCAGCUGUUUCAGGACCAGUGCUGCUGGAGCUCACUCCUACAGCAGAUGAUAGGUCUGUGCUUGUCUCGUGGUCAUCCCCGACUGACGGAGAGCUGUUGUACUACAUGAUAGAAUGGACCAGUUUGCCUGCUGCUGAGUUGCGAUGGAAAAAACUGGACAGAAAUCGGACAAACACUUUGAUCACAGGAUUAACUGCUGGUGUGAGAUUCAAUGUGUCUUUGUAUGCUGUAACCAGAAAAGGUGUCAGCUAUCCAUCAUCGAGCCUGGUUUACUCCAGAGAAGAAAAGCCAACAUCUGGUCCAAAACCAUACGUUCUGGUCCAUGAAGCCAGGCGGCUCCUGAUCCAAUGGAAGGAGUUGCCUGUAGACCAGCAGAAAGGCUUCAUCAUAAAUUACACCAUAUAUUUGCAUAAACCAGACUCCAGAGACACAGAGAAAAGUGUCACAGUAUCUGGAUCUGGCCCCAGAUUGAUGUGGCUGGACUGUCCAGAUGGGAAUCUAGUUGUUGAAAUGACUGCAACAAACUCAGCAGGAGAAGGACCUCGAGGGACAAGGAUCUGCUCUCAGCCUGCAGCUCCAGCAGUUGGCCUGGUGGUUGUGGUUGUGUUCACUGCUGCCAUCUUCUUCAUAGUUGUCACAAACUUCAUGUGCUGGAACUGUGUGAGAAAAAGGAUCAAACAAAAAUUCCUGUCCUGGGGGCCGACAUGGCUUGUUGUAAAUUUGCCAAAACCAGGACACAGUAAUGCCAUCAGACUGCUGAAGAAUGACAGCAGCGACCCGGUAUUGUCAUCCACCAACGACAGUGACCCCCCAUUGUCCCCCAUCACUAUGAUCUCCCAGGAGAGGGACGAGGUAUACCCCACCAUCCACGUGGAAUUAUCCCAGAUUGGCUCAGAGACCAGGACCUUGCUGGCUGAACAUGCUGGCUACAAGCCACAGAUAGCUACAGUGGAUCCAGUGGAAGAGGAGGUGAUAGAUGAAGAGGAGGUCCCGAGGGAGACUGCAGAAAAUCUAGAAAAAGAACACUUUUCCAGCUCAUGUGGAGACUUACUGUCGGGCUUGUUAUCGAGUGUGGAAGUGGAAUACUCAGACACAUUCCAGGAACUGACUCUCAGUUCUAUUGCUGGACUUUUGUGGCCUAAAAGUGUGGAAACAAAUAUCUUAAGCAGCAUCUUUUUACAUGGGAGAAGGACAGCAGCAGAUCAUGUGGAGGCUGACAGUGUCUCGGUGGACAUGUGUCAGGAUUCAGACAUUCGGACGUCUCAGACAGCUGACAUGAGCCUGUCUUGGUGUGCAGGCGAGAUCAGGCUGGACUCUGGUUACUUCCCUCAGGUCACUGCUGUCGGCAGCAACCCGGUCAACGCAGAGCAGCAGCAUAAGCAACGGGAGUGACAUGAAUGACACUAACGCACGUUUGCGGCAAUAACACACGCAAUUUCAAGAAAGCAUUAUAACUCAGCGUGAGAUCAACAUUUACCUCAUGAACUGUUUUUAUUUGCACUGUGAAAAAUAUGAAAACAAUAAAUAUAAAAAAUUAAAAGUUUA